ACUGCGAGUUCCAUGAAAUCCUCCAGGUGCUCAUCGCUACUUUACUAGUUUGUUGAGUUAAGUAAGGGUGGGAGCAAACUGUUGGCUCUUCCUUCAAACUCCCACGCCCCCAGAGGCCCAGUAAAUGCCCAAGAGGGGUUAGAGGCUAUUGUAAACACCUCGGAAGUCGGACCCCCAACUCCCGGCUGCCUCCGAGGCCAAGACUGUGAUCAGGAGCCUUUUCUAUGGAAGAUGAACCAAAAAAAAGUAUGUAGCAGUGGAGUUGGGGGAAACUCUUAGGAUCGUGAACUCAGGGACUCAGAUUCCCCAGUGGUCUGCGACCACCUGAUCCACCCGCUUCGCUCCUCCUCUGCAUAUUUUACAGCACUGACACCCGGGAGGGGGAUUUUUGUAUCGAAUUCAUAGGCAAAGAGUUCUAGGCCCUCACUCCUGCUUGCCACGAUCAGAUUACUUUUCACAGACUGGAGUUGCUGAGAGGUGGGGUAUUUACUUUUAAUUCUUUUAUGUAUGUUCAGUUCACCUUGUGUGGUUGGGUGUGGAAGGAAGGGAGGGGGAUUUCCAAAUGGGGUGAGAUUGCCAUUCCGUGGGUAUUACCCUGCCUGUGGGGUUGGCAGUCCUUGAAGUUUAGCAAGUCUGCAAAUAAGUACAGAACACAAUAGAGUCCCCCUCCCUUCCUCUCCUUUUUUUUUUUUUUUUCUUUUCCUGCCUUCAAAAGCCUUCUUCGAGGCUGAAGCUGGGCAGGUCUCCAAAGGUGCAGCAGCCACAACAAUUCUCGCAGUUCCAAGCUAAGCAGCAGUUGCACAACUUCCAGCAACUCUCUUAGCUGGUUACUAAUGAGCUGAAAGCCAGGAACAUCUGAGGAGGUGAGGAGUAAGCUUCUAACCCUCCUCCCUUUACCCCAGAAAUCCAGGUACCCCCACCCCCCCACCCUCAGAUAACUUUUGAGAUAAGAUCCUUUCUGUUCAAUUGCCUGUUGGACCAUGGCUCCCUUUGGAAGAAACUUGCUAAAGACUCGGCAUAAAAACAGAUCCCCAACUAAAGACAUGGAUUCAGAAGAGAAGGAAAUUGUGGUUUGGGUUUGCCAAGAAGAGAAGAUUGUCUGUGGUUUAACUAAACGCACCACCUCGGCUGAUGUCAUCCAGGCUUUGCUUGAGGAGCAUGAGACUACAUAUGGAGAGAAACGAUUUCUUCUAGGGAAGCCCAGUGAUUACUGCAUCAUAGAAAAGUGGAGAGGCUCAGAACGAGUUCUUCCUCCACUGACUAGAAUCCUGAAGCUUUGGAAAGCAUGGGGCGAUGAGCAGCCCAAUAUGCAAUUUGUUUUGGUUAAAGCAGAUGCUUUUCUACCAGUUCCUUUGUGGCGGACAGCUGAAACCAAAUUAGUGCAAAACACAGAAAAACCAUGGGAGCUCAGUCCAGUGAAUUACAUGAAGACGUUACCACCAGAUAAGCAAAAAAGAAUAGUCAGAAAAACUUUCCGGAAACUGGCUAAAAUUAAGCAGGACACAGCUUCCCAUGAUCGAGAUACUAUGGAGACCUUAGUUCAUCUGAUUAUUUCCCAGGACCAUACUAUUCAUCAGCAAGUCAAGAGAAUGAAAGAGUUGGAUCUGGAAAUUGAGAAGUGUGAGGCGAAAUUCCACCUUGAUCGGGUAGAAAAUGAUGGAGAAAAUUAUGUCCAGGAUGCUUAUUUAAUGCCCAGUUUUAGUGAAACUGAGCAAAAGCUAGACUUGGAGUAUGAUGAAAACCAGAUUAUUGAGGAUCUGAGUAAAAGUGGUAGAAUCCUACAGCUGGAGGAACGACUAACAUAUUACAGAAUGCUCAUUGACAAACUCUCCACUGAAAUAGAAAAAGAGGUAAAAAGUGUCUGCAGUGGGAUACAUGAAGAUGCAGAAGGGGCAGCUGCAAGUGAACUUGAAAGCCUAAAUUUAGAAACUGUUAAGUGUGAUUUGGAGAAAAGCAUGAAAGCUGGUUUGAAAAUCCACUCUCACUUGAGUGGCAUCCAGAAAGAGAUUAAAUACAGUGACUCAUUGCUUCAAAUGAAAGCAAAAGAAUAUGAGCUUCUGGCCAAGGAGUUCAGUUCACUUCAUAUCAGCAACAAAGACACAUGCCAGCUAAAGGAAAACAGAGGGAAGGAGUCGGAGGUCCCCAACAGCAGUGGGCAGGUUCCUCCCUUCACUCAAAGAGUAUUUAAUGUAUAUACAAAUGACACGGACUCAGACACUGGCAUUAGUUCCAACCACAGUCAAGACUCAGAAACAACUGUGGGGGACAUGUUGCUAUUGUCAACUUAAUUUGACUGGCUUCUUUCUGACCUACUUUACUGUGUUCAUGCUUGUUUAAUUUAAUAGGAAACUUUACGUUAAAUAUUACAUUCUGAAAGAAAUGUAAAUACUGUUAAAAUAUUCCAUAGUUAAUAAAAACUAGAGAAAGUGUAAGUUUGUUUUUGAUUUAAGAUAUCCAAGGUGACUUAAUUAUUCUAAGUACAAAUGAUGAACUGUUUAUUAGGAGUCUAGCACAAAUAGCUUGCAAGUGUAUGAGAGAAAUAAUUUGGUGGGGGUUAUAAUCUUCCAUAAUUUAAAAAAAAUUAUUUAUAUAAACUUUACUUCUUAAUAUUAGACAGUCAAUAUAUUCAAACUACACACAUGAAUAGGUAAAAAUGCUAUAUUUUUCAGUGCUGUAUUAUUGAAAUUGUUAAAUCUGUAAAGUACAUGACAGCUACUCUAUUGUAACUAUAUUAAUUGAAAUUUUGGUUUGUCUCAUUGAUACUUAGAAAGUACAUUAUCUCUGUCACUUCUGCACUUCUCUGCCUUCCCAGACCUAGAUCGCAGGAGUGGGGAAGGGCUGUUGGUGGGACACGGACAAAGACCAGCAGUGGAUCAGACUGGGGUAUUGAUGAAAAAGGGCCAAGUCCUGCAUGCAACAGCGAUUUUUCCACAGAAGCCUGAAGUUAUAUGUAUGUGCUUUCUCCAGCUAACAUUGCCAGUCUUCAGAUCAAACCAGUGGUCUGUGCAGCUUCAUUAUUUGAAUGAGGUACCGUAUGGGUUACAGAGGAAAUCACCUGGUCAUAGUCCUGUUUGUUUACUCCCUACAAAAAUUGAAGGGGUGCAACUCGGGGUCCUUUGUGGGGAUAAAAUAGAACUCUGUAGGCCAUUUUGUCUGGCCAUGUGGAGGGGAGCUCACACGGACAAACUUUUAUUCUGCUACACUAUAAUUCAGAUUGUCCUCAUUGUGCUUUGUCUAAGGUGCAAACAAACAAAAAAAAGUAUGAGCUCAAUCCUGUACCCCCAAGCAUUCUAGUAAAUAUCCAACAAACUGGAUUAUUUACAUCAUGCCUUGACUAACUAACAAUCAUUAUAAUGUGAGACUGCUUGGAUUUGCCCAGGUUUCAGUUAGGAAGUUCCUGUCUUUUUUCCUUUUUCUCUCUUUUUUCUCUCAUUUCCUUGCUUGUGGUCAGUGAACAUGUGCUAUGAUAACAGUGGAACAAUUUUAUUGUACUGCUAAGUGAAUGCCACCAGAGUUUAUUCAUUUCUUUAGCCGACACCUCCCUUAGAUGUCAGUACACAUGUACGUAGAAAUAUUUUACUUAUAUAUGAGUAACUGAUACAUGAAUAUUGGUUAAGAUUUCCACAAUUUUUCAUUUCUUCCACUUUAGUCUUAUGCUUACUGUGUAGUCCAUCUUUUAUUUCACUUCCUUAACUUAUUUUUUCACUGCUCCAUCACCCAGACUUUUCACCAAUCUUCAGGAAAAUAUUUAAAAUUCCACUUUUGAGGCGCAUCUAUGCUAUCAUUUCUUGCACCAAGAUAUUGCUGAAUGCUUUAUUUGAAGUUGGCUGGUAAGAAAAGUUCAUUACAGAACCAGUACAGUGAUAAAGAGUAUAUAAUAAUGCUAACAUGGGUUUAGUUUUUUUAAAAAUAAGAAGAGAUUUGAAUAGUCAUCUAAAAAAGGGUAAUUUAUCUGCCUAAUAUUCUAUUAAAUCAUUCAGUAAUAUGGUAUAUUUAUUGUUAGUUUUGGGGAUUAAGUUUAGAUCAUCAUCAAUGACAAAAUGUAAAUCUGUUUUUCUGAACUAAAAGUAGUCUCUUUGGAUUACUCAAGUAAGAAAAUAAUUUUUAAAAAUACUUAUUUGAUAUAUAAUUUGCUUAGUUCUCUGAAUUAAAAAGAUGGUCCGAUACAAAAUACAACCAGACAGAGAAUUAUAGUUUAGAAACUUUGAAUUAACUUUUGCUUUUACACAGUUAAGCCCAGUGACGCAUUAUGAAAACCAGUUUUUCCAUAUUUUUACAGUAAAUAAUGUUAAAAAUUUAUGUGUGAAUAAAGUACAAUUGAGCUUUAAAUUCAGUCUAGAAUUUUCAUUUCUCCUUCAGUUAUACAAAUAAAUUUGUGCUUUUGUUUCAUGACAAUAUUAAGUCACCAAUUACCAUGGUGAGUCUCCAAUUUAGAGUAGUAUAUUAAUAAAAAUAAAAAUAAUAAAAUACCAUGACUUCAUCUUUGGAAAUUGAACUAGUUUUUAUUAAGUUAACUGAGAAUUUGAACUAUGAAUAUAGAAUUUAAUAUAAACUUUAAUAUUUUAAUACUUUAUAGAAGCUUUAAAAUAAAGUGUUUAUAAAUUGAGCAACCCUACAGGUUAACUGUGCAAUUGCUAUAUGCAGCUUGAAGUACCAAACCAAACUUACUAGUCUUCCUUCCUAUAACAAGAAUUAGAUUUUCACCAACUGUGCCUUGUCUGUCAUUCCACUUAGAAUAUCUCUUUUCUCCAUCUGCCAUACAGUGCAAUUCUACCAAUUCUGUCUGUAACGUAUCUCUUCUAUGAAAUAUUGUUGCAUUCAAUCAAGUCAAAUAUUUUACUUCUGAGUACACAAAUAUUUUAGGUGUAUUUUUCAGAGAGGAGCAUUUAUAUUGUGGCUUAACUUAUAUUUAUUUACAUACUUAUCUAACUUUCUUUCCCCAAUAUAUUUUGAUUGUCUAAUUACUUUGUCUUUUAUCUUGUUAACCGUACUUCCUCCAAUCAACCUUUUGCCUCUCCUAAAUUUUUGAACUGAAUAAAUUGCUAAAUUUUAGAAUAUUUUACAGUUACUAAAUUGUGACUUUUUUAAAAAAAUGGUUUUUUACCUUGUAAAUGAUGCUUACAUGUUUUAUAUAUAAAUAUAUAUUUUAACAGACUUAAAACGUUAACAGUAAUUCUACUUGUAAAUUUUUUGGGGAAGGCACCAAAUCUUCAUAUUAUAAAAAAUUUAUAAUGUAGUAUCUAUUAUUUUAUUUUAAAUUAGCAGUUACUGGUUUAAAGCAAUGCAAAUAGGGGUCUUUUAAAAAAGCCCCUUAAUAGUUAAAUUAUAGUAUUUUUCUCUGCAUUUUA